CCCGCUGGCCCCGGCCGCGGCGUUCCCGAGCAGCGUGCGUAGCGGCCCCGCGCCCCGCAGCCGAAGCGCCAUGGAGCGGCCGGCGCCCCUGGCCGUGCUGCCUUUCUCGGACCCUGCGCACGCGCUGAGCCUGCUGCGCGGCCUGAGCCAGCUCCGCGCGGAGCGCAAGUUCUUAGACGUGACCCUGGAGGCGGCGGGCGGGCGCGACUUCCCGGCGCACCGCGCCGUGCUGGCGGCCGCCAGCCCCUACUUCCGCGCCAUGUUCGCCGGGCAGCUGCGCGAGAGCCGCGCCGAGCGGGUGCGCCUGCACGGCGUGCCGCCCGACAUGCUGCAGCUGCUGCUCGACUUCAGCUACACGGGCCGCGUGGCGGUGAGCGGCGACAACGCCGAGCCGCUGCUGCGCGCCGCCGACCUGCUGCAGUUCCCGGCCGUGAAGGAGGCGUGCGGCGCCUUCCUGCAGCAGCAGCUCGACCUGGCCAACUGCCUGGACAUGCAGGACUUCGCCGAGGCCUUCAGCUGCGCGGGGUUGGCGAGCGCGGCGCAGCGCUUCAUCCUGCGCCACGUGGGCGAGCUGGGCGCCGAGCAGCUGGAGCGUCUGCCGCUGGCGCGCCUGCUGCGCUACCUGCGCGACGACGGGCUGUGUGUGCCCAAGGAGGAGGCGGCCUACCAGCUGGCGCUGCGCUGGGUACGCGCCGACCCGCCGCGCCGCGCCGCGCACUGGCCGCAGCUGCUCGAGGCCGUGCGCCUGCCCUUCGUGCGCCGGUUCUACCUGCUGGCGCACGUCGAGGCCGAGCCCCUGGUGGCGCGCUGCCCGCCCUGCCUGCGCCUGCUGCGCGAGGCGCGCGAUUUCCAGGCGGCUCGCUACGACCGCCACGACCGCGGGCCCUGCCCCCGCAUGCGCCCGCGCCCCUCCACCGGCCUCGCUGAGAUCCUGGUGCUCGUGGGCGGCUGCGACCAGGACUGCGACGAGCUGGUCACCGUCGACUGCUACAACCCGCAGACGGGCCAGUGGCGCUACCUGGCGGAGUUCCCUGACCACCUGGGCGGGGGCUACAGCAUCGUGGCGCUAGGCAACGACAUCUACGUGACAGGCGGGUCCGAUGGCUCCCGGCUCUACGACUGCGUGUGGAGGUACAACUCAAGUGUGAACGAGUGGACGGAGGUGGCACCCAUGCUGAAGGCCCGCGAGUACCACAGCUCCUCCGUGCUGGACGGUCUGUUGUACGUGGUGGCCGCGGACAGCACGGAGCGCUAUGACCACACCACUGACUCCUGGGAGGCUCUGCAGCCCAUGACCUACCCCAUGGACAAUUGCUCCACCACUGCCUGCCGUGGCCGGCUCUAUGCCGUCGGCUCCCUGGCCGGCAAGGAGACCAUGGUGAUGCAGUGUUACCACCCUGACACUGACCUGUGGUCGCUGGUGGACUGCGGUCAGCUCCCACCCUGGUCCUUCGCCCCCAAGACAGUGACUCUGAAUGGACUCAUGUACUUCAUCAGGGAUGACUCUGCUGAGGUGGAUGUAUAUAACCCCACGAAGAACGAAUGGGACAAGAUCCCAUCUAUGAAUCAGGUGCACGUGGGGGGCAGUCUGGCCGUCCUCGGAGGGAAGCUCUAUGUCUCGGGGGGGUACGACAAUACAUUUGAACUCUCCGACGUGGUGGAGGCCUAUGACCCGGAGACUCGGGCGUGGAGCGUGGUGGGGCGGCUCCCAGAGCCCACCUUCUGGCACGGCAGUGUCAGCAUCUUCCGCCAGUUCAUGCCCCAGACGCCCUCGGGCGGGCGCGGCUUUGAGCUGGACGGUGGCAGCAGUGACACAGAUGUGGGCCGGCACCGGCCGCCACAGAACCCCAAUGAGCUGCACUAGCCCCGGCCUGGCCCAGGGAGGGCCUCGGUGCGGGUACCCCAGCACCUCGUCGGGGGACAGCGAUCCCCUCCUUCGCACACGAAGACAAGUUGGGCUCACCAGGUGGAGCAUCGGCUCUUGGGCUGCUGGCUGAGCCUCAGGAUCUGACACCUGGAGAGCUGUGCAUUUAGAGCCUGAGUCAUAGCUGCUGGGCGAAAGCUGGUUGCAAAUGCCUCUCCCUUGGUCCAGGAAGAGCUGUCUCCCUGCGGGCCCGGGUCUCUGGCUCCAGCAGGUCACCCCCAACCUGCAGACUUACCCCUCAUCAAAGCA